AUGGCCGGCACCCCGGACACCGACGCGCCGCUGGUGGCGCAGGUCGAGUGCGGUGCCAACCACGUGCUGUUACUCUCCGAUGACGGGUUGAUCUACAGCUGGGGCAGUCAGGAGCAGAUCGGGCGGGGGAAUGCGGGGCUGAACGACUUCGACCCGAAGCCGGGGCUGAUCAACACCAUCCGCAAGGACGCCAAAAUGCUGCACUGCAUCCAGUAUCACCUGCAAAAGUGUCUGGGUCUGGAAGAGUGUGGACUUGUCAUGCAGGUUUUCCAUGACCCUUGAGGUCUGGAAUGCGGGACCUAGCAUGACAGAGUCUGUGAGUUCUCUCCCAUGCCUAUUCUGCAUGAGAAACUGCCUCUAAACUUGUUCAAAAGUGGGCCUCUUUUGGUAAUCAUGCAACACGGAUUUUUGCAUGAUUCGGAUUUAGCAUGAUUCGGAUUUAGCGAAAACCGACCGCUUUGACUGGGUGACUUGUUAGCUCUAGAAGAAGGCCGCUAUAUAAUUCAAAAACCAAAAAUUUGCAUGACAAAUUCAGGCUCAGCUCAGCCGGUGUAGAUAGUAUCCCCCCGCACUGCUAUGCCCCCAAAGCACAUCUUUCCGGACGCUGCAAGAUGAAGAGAUGUGGCGUGUGCCGCUGCUUACGGCUCGACACGUGAAGAAAAACGAAUCCGCGCGUUCUGGUGCGGUAUGUACCCCCACACCGGCUCCGCGGAUCCUCGCCGAUGAUUUUCGUUUGUGGCCGUUGCUUUUUUUCCCUUCGAGCUUGAUCUCGAUGUUCUGUCGACCACCGAUGUCGAACUUUUGCAGCACGCACGCACAAACGAGAUUCUCGAAAGCGGAGGGGGGGUGAUGGGACCCCAUUUGGUCGUCGCGGCGCGAAGCCGCAAAAUCCCUGGUCCACGUCUACCGCCAGAAGUAUUCCGACCGCGGGGCGCUCCUGAAAACUGAAAACUGCGUGCGAAUUGCCUAGCAAAAAAAAAUAAAAAAAUUUAGCAUGACAAGUUGCAUUCUUCCAGACCCAGACAUUUUUGCAUUUGAUAUCCAGAUCGCGUGCGGCACCGACCACAGUCUCGCGCUCACCGCGGACGGGCAGGUGUUCGCGUGGGGCAAGGGCAAGUCGGGUCAGCUCGGGGUCCCCUUGACGCACUUUGACAAGGCGCAGUUCGUGGUGCGGAACCCGGAGCUGCUCUCCCCGAGCUUCUUCGGCGGCGAGGCGGUCCAGCGGAUUGCGGCGAACGGGCGGAGCAGCUGCGCGACGACCGUGAGCGGGCGGCUGUUCGUCUGGGGGGAGGCGGCCGCGACCAUCUAUGGCUCCCGGAACGCGUUUGUGCCACAGGAGGUGGGCGGAGCAGCGAAUGCCGGUGCCGCG